UCAUUAAUUUGUGAGAUGGCGCAAAGCAUAGUCUCAAUUGUUGUCAGAAAACUAGGGGAACUUCUGAUCAAUGAAGUGAAUUUCCUGCAAGGAGUAGAUGGAGAAUUGAGAUCCCUCCGUGAUGAGUUCCAAUGGAUUCAAGCCUUCCUCAAGGAUGCUGAUGUUUGUAUCCUAGAAGGCAACGAGAGAGUCAAGAUUUGGGUGAACCAGGUGCGAGACGUUUCUUAUGACGCCGAGGAUGUCAUCGACACGUACAUAUUCAAGAUUCAUCAACACCGUCGAGGAUCCCAUGGAUGCUUAUGCUUCUCUUGGUUGACAACAUAUGCUUGUCAUCCUUGUGGAAUAACAAUCCUCCAUGAUCUGGGCAAUAAGAUUGGCGAGGUCAAGAGGAAAACUGAGGAGAUCUCUGCUAACCGAUUCAAGUAUGGCAUCCAAAGCAUUGGAGCUACUUCUUCAGGCUCAUUGACGUCCAAUAACACAAGACUGCCUUUGAGCUGGAAGCAGACUCUGGUUGUGGAGGAAGUUGAUGUCAUUGGCUUUGAUGAGGAUGUCAAGGCAUUGGAACAACUAUUGCUGGCGGAGGAUGAAGGUUGGCGUGCUGUGAUAUCAAUCGUGGGCAUGGGAGGCUUAGGCAAGACCACUCUUGCCAAGAAGGUUUUCUCUAACCCCUGGAUCAAACAGCACUUUGUUGCUCAUGCAUGGGUCUAUGUCUCUCAAUCUUAUAGAGAUCGACAGCUUGUGGAGUCCAUAGCUAAUCAACUCAUGGUAGUUGGUAAAGUGAGGAUGAAUGAGUCCACUGAUGAGGAGCUGAAAAAGAUGGUUUAUGAGCACUUGAAAGAAAGGAGAUACUUGGUGGUGAUUGAUGAUAUAUGGACCCGAGGAGCUUGGGAUAAUAUCAAAGAGGUGCUGCCUGCAGAGAUGCUGAAUGGAAGUAAGGUGUUGCUAACUACUCGUAAUAGAGAUGUUGCAUUGCAUGCAGAUAGGCAGAGCCCUCCUUUUUUUUUUUUUUUAAAAAGAACCUCAAGGGCUAAUGAAUUAAAACCAAAGAGAAAACAGAGCAAUGAGAAGGCGACAUCCAAAGCCGAGGAAUGCAGUGAAAUCGUGGGUCUCAAGUUCUUGGGAGAAGAAGAGAGUUGGGAGUUGUUCUGCAAGAAGGCAAUUCCAACAAAGCACAGUAAGCUGGCAUUAAGAGGUCUGGCAUUGAGGAAAGAGCUAUCUGAAGAGGAAUGGAGAAAGUUGCUCAAGAGUGUGAGUUGGCAACUAAGAGAAGGUGAAGACCAAAUCUCAAAAAUAUUAGCUCUUAGCUACCACCAUCUUCCCUACUACAUGAAGCCCUGCUUUCUCUACUUUGUUAUGUUCCCUGAAGAUUAUUCCAUCACUGCCCAAAAUGUGAGGCUAAUGUGGAUAGCAGAGGGGUUUAUAGAAGCCAGAGGUGAAGAAACAAUGGAGGAAGUCGCAGAGGAAUACUUGGAGGAGUUGGUGCAUAGGAGUCUGAUUCAAGUGGAGGAUAGAAAUGUAUUGGGAGUUAUCACUUAUUGUCGAAUCCAUGAUCUUCUUCUUGACUUGGCAAUCUCUGAAGCCAAAGGUACGAACUUUCUCCUUGUUACUAAGGCCAGUAAUAAUAUUAAUGAGGGGAAUAUUAUUAAUUUGCAAGAAACUCGUCGACUUGCUCUCCAAGGUCACAAGAGUUGGGAUAUAACUUGGCAAUAUCCAACUGACUCUUUUCUAAGCCUACGAACUGUAUGGUACUUCGAUACAGAUCGGACUAGUUACAAUCUGGCCACAGAUUGGUUUCAACGUCUGAACACGAUCUGUUGUACCGAGCUACAGAUUACUUUGAAAAUACCCCAGAUUCUAAUCAGCAUGAAGCUACUUAGAGUCGUAGAUCUCCCAGGGGUACCAAUAAUUUUGCAUGAAGCUAUAGGAGAGCUGAUUCAUUUAAGAUACUUGAAUGUACGAGUUGCACAACUCAAGCCACUUCCAUCUUCCAUUGGUGAACUCACCAAUUUGCAAACACUUAAAAUUCAGACUGAUUCGUCUUUUUUCAUUGAGCUACCAAGUGAAGUAUUGAAAUUACUAACCAAUCUGAGGCAUCUGACAUGUAGAUGUUCUAUCAAGGGACAACCUUCUUCUGUUGAAAACCUGCCAAAUCUCCAGACUCUUAUAAUCGUUAAAGCAAGUAAAUGGCUAUAUAAGGGAUUAGAUAAGAUGACCAAUUUGAGGAAAUUGAGUAUUGUUGAUGUUAGCAACUAUUAUGCAAAGGCGUUGUCAGACUCUCUUGGUAAACUAAACAAUCUCUUCGAAUUGGAGUUAACUGCAAAGAGUGACCAUGAGAUUAUACCCACCUCAAUACUUACAUCUUCCCAUCAUAAGCAUCUCCGAGUUUUUCUUUUGGAUGGACAAUUGGAGAGACUCCCUGAGGUCAUUACUCAAUGUCUCGUGACAAAUCUCAUCUAUUUGGGGCUAGUAAACUCAAAACUUAAGGAGGAUCCACUUGUAACGUUGGGGAAACUUGAUAACCUUCAAGUUCUUCAUCUGAAAAAUAAUGCUUUUGUUGGGAAGAAAAUGGUUUGUUUGGAGAAAGGGUUUCCUCAGUUGAAGGACUUAGAAUUUUAUCGUUUGGAUUCAUUACAAGAGUGGAAAAUAGAGGAUGAAGCCAUGCCCAGGCUUAGAAAAUUGAUGAUUGAUAGAUGUUCCAAGUUGGUGAUGCUCCCUCAUGGCCUUGGAAGGAUUACCAGUCUAUAAGAGUUGGACGUGAGAUUCAUGCCUAAUGCGUUUACCCAGAGAUUGAAAGAAAAUGAUGGUGAGGACUGGGAUAAGGUCCGACACGUACCUUCUCUCUGUGUGAAUGAGUUACGUCAUUAGUUCUCUCUGUUUUUUUUUUCCUUUUAAUAUAUAGCAUUGCACCGUAACUCAACAUGUAAUAGAAUUGGAAAUGGCUAAAAUUUUCUCCUUUGAGUU